UAUCCGACUUGAAAAUUCUGGACACUUCUUUCAGAACCCUCCAGACUCGAAAACCCUUCAAUUUUAUCUCUACAUCUCAGCUACUCUUUCUAACUCUAAUCGCCAAAUCUAAGCUCUUUGGGACUCUAAUUUUCGCAACCGACCGUCGCCGCCGUCGCCGGAGUAUUGUAUGGCUAAGAUCGGAGAAGGAGACAAGCGGUGGAUCGUUGAGGACCGCCCGGACGGCACCAACGUCCACAACUGGCACUGGGCCGAGACCAACUGCCUUGAAUGGUCCCGCAGCUUCUUCAACAAGCUUUUAGCCGAUCAAACCAUCCUCGACGGCGAGGGAAAUCUCUUCAUCCGCACCAAAAAGCUCGAUAAGUUCGACGGCGAGGCGUACGUUAAUGUUCGCAAGGGGAAAAUCAUCCCAGGGUACGAGCUAAGCGUUGUUCUGUCCUGGGAGGGUGAAGCGAAGGAUUCGGACGGGAAAUCGUUGGCUAAGACGGAAGGAACUGUCGAAAUCCCGUAUAUUUCGGACGAGAACGCCGAUGAAGACCCCGAAAUUAGGGUUACAGUUCGCGAAGAUGGCCCGAUCGAGAAGAGAUUGAAGGACGCGUUUAUUGCUAAAGGAAAACCCUUCGUUUUGGAGCAAGUAAGAAGCUGGGUAACCGCAAUGGCCAGGGGAGGCCCCGCCAAGGACGAGCUCGAGUCGAAAACGCCAGUUAAGAAGACCACCGUCGGCGGCGCGGCGGCGGCUCCGGCAGCCGCUGAGACGGCGAAAGCGAAGGAGGCGGUGAAAGAGAAGAAGAAGCCAAAGCCGAAGGAAGGCUUUAAGACGAUCACAAUGUCGGAGAAGUUCCAUUGUAGGUCAAGGGAUUUGUACGAGAUUCUGAUGGAUGAGAAUAGGUGGAAGGGAUUCACGCAGAGCAAUGCCAGGAUCAGUAAGGAGGUUGGAGGAGAGUUUAGCAUAUUCGAUGGAUCGGUGACUGGGACGAACUUAGAGCUGCAGGAAGGCAAAUUGAUUGUGCAGAAAUGGCGAUUUGGAAGCUGGCCGGAUGGUAUCCUCUCCACGGUCCGACUCACUUUUGAUGAGCCCGAACCUGGAGUUACAGUUGUUAAGCUGACCCACACUGACGUACCAGAGGAAGACAGAUAUGGGAAUGAAACUGUGGUGGAGAACACCGAGAGAGGAUGGCGGGAUCUCAUUUUUCACAAGAUUCGAGCUGUAUUUGGUUUUGGGAUUUGAAGAUUGAAGCUCAGUCUCAGAUUCUCAGUCAAUGCCCUCUUCUAGUGUAGAAUUUCAUAUCUUGUCUUCUCUGGACUUUCUAGUGUUGAUUGAGUGUGACUGUUGGUAACCAGUUGAGUAUUGCCACAAUUGGCCCAAUAGUUCAUUCAGUUGGGUUUUAUUUUUGUCAGAUUGUUUUGUUCUUCAUGUUUAAGAUUCAAGAACCAGUGAACUACAACAUUUUUAUUAAAAUGAAAAAGAUUGUUCUAUAUAUGAUUCUUCUA